CUCCGAAUAAAUUUUCUUCUUGUUUAUCACUAAAUUCCUAACUUCUCUCUCUUUUUGUAUUCACGUUCGCGUAAGAUUUUUAAAAAUGGGCCGGUACGCUCGCGAACCCGACAACGCUUUAAAAUCAUGCAAAGCCCGUGGCUCAAACCUCAGGGUACAUUUCAAAAACACCUGUGAGACUGCCAAUGCUAUCAGAAAAAUGCCUCUGAAGCGUGCCGUAGCAUACUUGAAGAAUGUUAUGGGAAUGAAGGAAUGCGUUCCAUUCAGACGUUUCAACGGAGGUGUUGGUCGUUGUUCUCAAGCCAAACAAUUUGGCACCACACAAGGACGUUGGCCAAAGAAAUCUGCUGAAUUCCUUUUGCAGCUUUUGAGAAACGCCGAAAGCAAUGCUGACUACAGUGGACUCGAUGUUGACAGACUAGUUGUAGAACACAUUCAAGUUAACAGAGCCGCAUGUUUGAGGCGUCGUACAUACCGUGCCCACGGUAGAAUUAACCCCUACAUGUCCUCACCCUGCCAUAUUGAAUUAUGGCUCACCGAGGGUGAAUCUUCUCCAGAGUCCCCAAAGAAGGGAGGAAAGAAGAGCACUGUAGAUAAAUCAAAGAAAGUCAAGCCAGCAGCUUCCGCUGCCGCGCAUUAAGCCGGUUUUUUAUUUAUCGUACACUCCUCUAAAUAUAAAGUUUAAUUAA